AUGGCAGUGACGUCGCAGACGUCGCCGAAGGUUACGACCAAUAGUAACGGGCACGAUUUGUUUGGUGCAAAUAGGGUCGGCUUAGCUGAACGCGCAGGUGGAUUACGCUUUGCUCAAGAUGCUGAGAGACGGAAUGUGGGUGCGGACAAGGAGGACGAGCAGCCUCAUAUAGUGGAAAUUGUGCCUUGGCGCAUGCGGGAGCGCAUGAAGACAAUGGAUGUGGCACUGGUGUUGUGUCUCAACAUUGGGACAGACCCACCAGAUGUGGAGAAGGCUACGCCGUGUGCACGUAAAGAAUGUUGGGUGGAUCCAUUCUCUAUGCCGGCUAAGAAAGCCAUUGAGACUAUUGGCAACACGUUGCAAUCCCAGUAUGAACGCUGGCAACCACGUGCACGGUACAAACAGAGCUUAGACCCGACGGUGGAGAAAAUACGAGAACUGUGUGUGAAUCGACGAAGACUCGCCAAGCACGAUCGUGUACUGUUUCACUACAACGGACAUGGUGUGCCUCGACCGACACAAAAUGGGGAGGUCUGGGUAUUUAACAAGAGCUAUACGCAGUACAUUCCACUGUUAGUAUACGACUUACAGUCUUGGGUAGGGACGCCAUCAAUCUACGUGUUUGAUUGCUCAGCGGCAGGAGUGCUGCUGAGUCACUUUAAGUCGCCGCCCACAACCUCUGCUCAAUCGCAUGGAAGGAAUGAAAUUCCUUUAGCGAAUGAAGCCAUUGUGCUUGCUGCUUGCUCGGCCGAUGAGCUAUUACCAACGAACCCGGAACUUUGCGCAGACGUGUUUACUUCUUGUUUGACGACACCGAUCACCGUAGCUUUGCGAUGGUUUAUCUCGCAGAACGAGCUCUCGAUGGCGCAUCUUGAUGCUACUUUCAUUGAACGUAUUCCCGGAAAGCUUACAGACAGGAAGACGCCAUUAGGAGAAAUGAAUUGGAUAUUUACAGCCAUUACCGAUACGAUUGCAUGGAAUAUGUUACCUCGCGAGUUGUUCCAGAAGUUGUUUCGACAGGACUUACUCGUGGCUUCACUUUUUCGCAACUUCCUAUUAGCUGAACGAAUUAUGAAGUCUGAGGGUUGUUCUCCGUGUUCACUACCAUCAUUGCCACCAACAAAUCACCAUUCGCUGUGGCGGUCGUGGGACUUGGCUGCCGAGAUAUGUUUAAAUCAGCUUUACAAGUUAUCGAACCCAUACCCGAACGUCGAUAUGAGCUUCCAGCCCUCACGGUUCUUUGCGGAGCAGCUUACAGCGUUUGAAGUAUGGCUUCAAUUUGGGUUCCCAGAGAAUUCACCACCUCAGCAACUGCCAAUGGUUUUACAAGUGCUUUUGAGUCAGGUUCAUCGUCUUCGCGCACUCGUGUUACUAAAGAAAUUUCUCGAUUUGGGACCAUGGGCGGUAAAUCUGGCACUUUCUGUUGGAAUUUUUCCGUACGUACUAAAGUUGCUCCAAUCUCCAGCAAGUGAGCUACGUCAAGUGCUUGUCUUUAUAUGGGCAAAAAUCUUAGCUCUCGAUUCAAGCUGUCAGGCUGACCUUGUAAAGGAUGAUGGCCAUUCAUACUUUAUAUCUCAUCUCGCUGCUGGUCUCCACAACGGUGGGGGGAAUCAAAGUGCAUAUAGCGCUGGAGGCAAUGUGAUGCCAGCUGAUCAGAAAGUCAUGGCAGCCUUUAUUAUCUCGGCGAUCUGUAACGAUUACCUGCCUGGCCAAAAGAGCUGCUUGUCACAGUACUUGCACAAGAUUUGCAUUAAUUUGCUACAAGAUCCCGAGGAAGAAGUACGCAAAUGGGUUUGUUUGUGUCUGGCCAAAUUGUGGGAAAACUUUGACGAUGCGAAGCGUAUUGCGGUCGAAGAUCAGGUUCCGCGAAUACUUGGUACUAAGCUUUGCGAUGAUCGUCCUGAAGUGCGUGCUGCUGCCGCUUACGCGCUUGGCACGCUUGUUGGUUUCCAGUGUGAUUCUAGAGCAAGUGGAAAGCAUGUCGACCUGAGCCGCUUGGAUGGUUUCCUCUGUCAACGAGCCCAUGACGACAUUGUUGUAGCAUUAGAACUGUUACGGGGUUGUCAGGAUGGAUCUCCACUUGUGCGCAGGGAGAGUGUGCUGGCGUUGGCAAACGUCAUCCUGCACAACUACCACCAGCCACGUUUUCAAUCUGUGGCCAAACAUUUCAAGAAUCAGCCAAUGCGGGGUCCAGCCACUCAAUCCGAUAGCGGAUCCCCUCCAACUGGAAUGGCUUUUCAAGGUAGUAAUGAUGCGCUAAACUCGAAGGAGAGUACGAGCGGUACAGAUGUGUUUGUGAACGAGAAGCUACGGGACGAGAUCGGAGAGGACGCAAAAUAUUACGCACAGAUCUGGCACGUGUUAAAGGAAAUGCAAUCGAGGGAUCCGUUUCCCCCUGUGGUAGAAAUCGUGAAAGCAAUUGUCAGCUUUGUGAAUGCUAGCAUCUUGGAAGCUGAGCAAAAUCAGUUACGAGAAAACAAUCUGACUAGCAGCGCGUUAGCUUCUCCCCCGCGAAGUGCAAACCCUGGAGUUCUCGCGGCCAUGUAUUCGGAGAGAAGCCCUAGCACUGUUUCUCAAUCUCAACAAGAGGAAUCAGUGUCUGGAUUGGGCUAUAUCCAACCCCAAUUGAGCCAAGGACGGCUUAGUGUCACCCCAGAAAAUGUUGAUCAACCCCUAGCAUACUCUGAGCAAGGCAAUGAGGUCAGAACCUCUGAAACACAGAUGCACGUUGCUGCGCCUGUAAUGAAAGGACUACGAUCAGCCGUUUCGGUGGGCAACUUCCGCCAGUAUCAAGAGAAAUUCCAGCAAGGAUCUGGAAAUAUGGUGGGGGCUAACGAUAGUCACCUGUUACCGCCAGCUGCUCCCAAGAGCAUGGGCAGUAACAUGACCCAAGGCCAGUAUCUUGGACCGGGUAUGUCACAAGAUGCAGCUGGACAAAGAAUUCCGAGCAGUUGUUUUCCAGAUGAAACAGAUCUGACCCCUCCUGCAUUGGAACGAUACGGUCGUCAUGUGAAUUUUCCGCCUACUCUAUUGUCAACGUGCUACGAACGCCUCAAAGCUCAUUUUAAUGACCCCAUUUUGGAACCCGUGCAGGAAGAUGAGGACCCGCUGAGCGAGAAGGGCGCUGAAAGAUGGGAGCGUUGCCGCCGCUACAAUCGCAUCCGAGGUGCGGCGAUGAAGCUUGCACCAGGCUUUGUGUCGCCUCGAAGUUUGGCGAAAUCAUCCGCAAUUCAGAGUAGUGGCUUAGGGCUGCGCAGUAUCAACCCGCAAAAUCCUCCACUUUAUUUCCCCCUCGAAUAUGACGCUGGGCGCCGUGUCUCCUCAACCCACGGGGAUGAAGAAGAAGUGAAAAAUUUCACGUUGAACCUUCGUCAGCGCGCUGUGCUGAAUAACGACGCGGAAAUGACAUCGCUACUGCUCUUCCACCCUUAUGAGACAAUGCUCCUCAUUGCUGACGAAAAAGACCAGAUUUCAUUGUACAACUUCGAGGAAACCGAGACGAAGGUGUUGAGCUUCGGCAACAAAAACCCACCUGGAUCUCGACUGACAUCGUUGAACUGGAUAAAUGAAGCGGAAGAAAGUUUGCUGACAUGCGGCUCCGACGACGGUGUGAUAAAAAUAUACCACGGUCUGCACAACCCUCACCCACAUACAGGUACCCCAAAGCUUUUGUCAGCCUUUGUUGCUGUGCCUGAUCUUGUACCUGGAACGCGUGGGUCCGGUCUCGUGAUGAAUUGGCAGCAAAAUGCUGGCAUGAUGUAUGCUGGUGGCAACUCAGGCAUGCUGCGCGGCUGGGAUUUACGCCAGGAAAAAUGCACUGUAGCACUCUCUACUCAAACUGAUUCUUGCAUCACUAGCAUGACAAGUGAUGAAAGUGUUCCAGGAAUGGUGGUGGCUGGCUUUGGUGAUGGCAAAUUGAGAAUUUUUGACUCGCGAAGUAGACCCGACUAUGCUGUCAAAUUGGUAAUGAAGGAGCACACUUCUUGGGUGGUGCAAACACACAUUUACCCUGGCCGCAAAGAGCUUCUUACAGGUUCUGUGACGGGUGAGCUGAAAUUCUGGGAUAUGCGAUAUCCUAAGCACAGCGUCAAAUCACUGGAAGCUCAUCGAUCACCGAUGACAGCCCUCGCCGUUCAUGAUUAUGCUCCGAUAUUCGCCAGUGGCUCACACAAUCAAUUUAUUAAGGUGUUCCGCAGCGACGGCGAGCAGUUGGCACUUAUUCGCUAUCAUGAAGGCUUCUUGGGCGAACGAAUUGGUCCCAUUUCGUGCUUAGCCUUCCAUCCUCAUCGGCUUUUCUUGGCUGCGGGUGCAACCGACUCGGUGGUUGCUGUCUAUUCGAGCGACAAAUAA